UAGGAAAACACCCAGUGAAGUUGCACCACGUCACUGAAAUCGUUAUGAUUCCUAGGAACCAGGUGCAAAAACCACACUGAAUCAUCACUAGUGCAAAUAAAAAUCAUUAGCAGAUGAAAUGAAUGGGAAAAAACAAUCUACUGAUUUGGUUUGAAAUUUAGAGAGCAGUAAAAAAUGGACGCAGUGAUGCAGAUUUGACAUUAACAGCAGUCAAAAUUGAAAGGCGGUGGGGUGGUGCAGGAACCCUAUUCCCAAUCCCUGAAAUAAAUGUCACAUUCACCAGAUAGAACCUCAAGUCCAAAACCUAAACCGAACCCUAAUCCCAGUCCAAGGCAACCUACAUCUUCAAAACGGAGGAAAACUCUAAGCUUACCAGACGCAUGGUUUAAUGACCAAUCGCUGAAGCAUGCGACUUUGAAGAUGCAUCUCAGAUCUCUCUCUGCUGCCCCAUCAGCAUCCCCUCCCUCUGACACUGACUUUUCAUUAUUAACAGGAUUUCAAUAUCUAACACUGGACCCUCCUGGGCCCGAUUACACCUCCCUCCUCUCCGAUGAGCUCCUCCUCCAAAUUUUCUCCAGGCUUCCAAUCUCUCAUCAUGUCUCAAAUUCUCUCGUCUGCAAGCGCUGGUUUUAUCUUCAUGGUCGCUUGGUACAAUCCCUCAAGCUCAUCGACUGGUCCUUUCUUAAUUCGGGUCGGAUAUUUCACCGCUUCCCUAAUCUCACCGAGAUUGACAUCGUUAACGCUUGUAUUAGAACGCCUCCAAACUCCGGUAUUUUGUUGAGUCACAGGAAUUUGUCAAUUCAUAUUGGUACCGAACUCACGGGGACGGAGUUUAUCGAACAGAUUGAUCUGUUACCAUCGGAUUUGGUUGAUAAAGGGCUUGAAAUGAUUGCCAAACGGUACCCUAAUUUGAGGAGAAUUUUUGCAGUUGGCGCAAGCGAAACUGGGCUUUUGAGUAUUUCAAAUGAGUGCGAGACAUUGCAAGAAUUGGAGUUGCAUUGUUGUGGAGAUUUAUCGUUGAAAGGCAUUUCGAGUUGUAGGAAUUUGCAAGUAGUGAAAUUGAUUGGUUGUAUUGAUGGGUUCUAUAAUUCGGUGGUGUCUGAUAUUGGAUUAACGAUAUUAGCGCAAGGAUGUAGGCGGUUAGUGAAGCUUGAACUGUGUGGAUGUGAAGGAAGCUAUGAUGGGAUUAAAGCAAUUGGACAGUGUUGUCAAAUGCUUGAGGAGUUGACUUUCUUUGAUCAUAGGAUGGAUGGUGGGUGGUUGGCUGCACUGUCAUUUUGCGGCAAUUUGAAGACUUUGAGGCUGCAGUCCUGCAAGAGCAUUGAUUCAGAUCCAGGUCCGGAUGAGCAUUUGGGAUCCUGUCCUACUCUUGAAGAGCUGCAUUUGCAACAGUGUCAGAUGCGGGAUAAGCCAGGCGUGAAGGCUUUAUUUUUAGUUUGUGAGGCAGUCCGGGACAUUGUUUUGCAGAACUGUUGGGGAUUGGAGGAUGACGUAUUUGGUUUUGCAAGCCUUUGUAGGAGGGUGAAGCUUGUAUCACUAGAAGGAUGUUCAUUGCUGACAACAGGAGGUUUGGAGGCAGUUAUUGUUAAUUGGAAGGAGCUUCAAAGAUUAAGAGUAAAUUCAAGCAACAAGAUCAAGGACAGUGAAGUGAGUCCUGCCCUGGCAUCUCUGUUCUCUGUUCUCAAAGAACUGAAAUGGCGACCAGACUCCAGAUCUCUCCUUUCCUCAAGUCUUGCUGGGACUGGAGUGGGCAAUAAAGGUGGUAGAUUUUUCAAGGGAUUGAAGGGUUGAAUCUGGGCUUCAAUUUGGUGAACGUUUUUGUGAUUUACAUGGUAGCUGCAAAAUGUUUUGGUGGUAUACUACUCUUUAGAUAUCCUCUAUCAUCAUCUUAUCUAAUUUAGAUGAUCAGCCAUCAGUAGCAGAGGAGGAUUUGCUUUAGCUUUUCACUAAGAGCUUGCCAAUGGGGGCUAUCGUAUGAAGCAUAUCAUUACUCAAUCACCCCUUUUAGUUUAUGUGGGUGAUUUGUAAGUUGAGCUAAAUAAGCUGUGUUACUGUAUUUUAAAGCUAGGGCUGUUUUUUUUUCCCUAACCUUGAACUAGGUCAGAUAUUCUAAUUCUGUUAUCUAAUAGUCAUCUGACUUUUUAGGAAUAGCAUAAGUGUAAAUCUCCACUUAUUUCCAAUUACAGUCAGUUAAAUUUGCAUAUUCAUUAUGCUUUCAUGCA